ACAAGGAAAUGCGCAUAUGCACAGCAGAGACGCUGUGUUUGUGCAGGAGGCACGCUGAGACAAAUCAGCAUUUCUGGAUUAAGUAGAGAGAAGGCAGCUUGUGGAGGCAGAAUCUACCAGGUAGAAAGAAGGACGGCUCGAAGAAGGAAAAAUCACAGAUCCCUGAUAUCAAAAGGCUUACGGGGCAAACAGGAAGAAGUCGGCGACGAGACACAACAAAACAAGAAAAAAUUAAAGGCAACAACAUUUGCUUGUCUGUAGUGACGUUGCGAUCAGCUACACGAUGGUGUCGUUUGGACUGGAACUGGUCGGCCUCACUCUGUCGGUGCUUGGGUGGGUGCUGAGCAUUGUCAGUUGCGCUCUGCCCAUGUGGAGGGUCUCCGCCUUCAUUGGUCCCAACAUCGUCACGGCGCAGGUGUACUGGGAGGGCCUGUGGAUGACCUGCGUGUUUCAGAGCACGGGACAAAUGCAGUGUAAGGUGUAUGACUCCAUGCUGGCCUUACCUCAGGACCUGCAAGUUGCCAGGGCACUCACUGUCGUGUCCGUCAUCAUCGGGGUGAUAGCGCUCCUUGUCUCCAUGGUGGGAGCAAAGUGUACCAACUGCAUUGAGGAUGAAGGUGUCAAAGCCAGGGUGAUGGCGUCCUCUGGUGGGACAUUCAUCACUGCAGCCAUCACCGAACUGGUGCCUGUGUCGUGGUCAGCUCACACUAUCGUCACUGAGUUUUACAGUCCCGUCGUCCUUUCUGCGCAGAAGAUGGAGAUCGGGGCAGCGCUGUAUUUGGGCUGGGCUGCAGCAGGUCUGCUGCUGACUGGGGGAUGCAUUCUCUGCUGCAGCUGCCCCCCACAGGAGGAUAAACCCUCGAGGUACAGCAUUCACCCUGUGAGCCGCAUAGCAUACUCCACCGCUCCCAGGUCAACAACCCAAAGCACGUACAACAAGAGGGACUACGUCUGAGGACAGAAUAGAGACUUAUUCAUUUCCAUGUAUAUUUGUGUGUAUAGAAAUAUUAGCUCCUGUAAAAAUAUAGCUACUAUAAUUGGUUUAAGUGGAACUAGUUUAAUGGCACUAUACCAGGUAUUUGUGUCCUUAAUUAUUUUGGGUUAUAACUGUGUAUACAAAUAAAGGCAGGUUCUUUUUGCUAUCUCAAAGCUUUCUAGACCUGAUUAUAUUUACAGUCACUAUCUAACACAGGUAUGAAAAGUUGUAAUCACAUUAUUGAUGGUUUAAGAUCAAAUACGGGGAGAUAUUUUUUAAAAUGUGAUCUAUAAAGUGAAGGGUUUUCGUCCUUGAGUCAAACCUUUUCAUAUUUAUUUUGUCCUAAAAACAUGUCGACUCAUUCCCACUGUUCCUCAAGGUGAUGAAGUUUGUGCAGAUAGCAAGUAUGUACGGUCAUUCAUUUAAAAACUACAGAGAAGUUGUUCUAAAUGUUGUUGAAUUUUACAACAGCUUUACAAAUAGAACAUCUGCUGAGUCAUAUACAGCCGAGAAAAAAAGGGAACUCACUGUGCUCUGUGCCAAGGUCACAAAGAUGGCGCGAAAAAGAAGAAAUCAAAAGGAAGCAUUAAAAAACAGCAUUUAAUAUUUUACUAUACUUGUGUUUAGAUAUCAUUCACAAAGAUUUGAGCUUUUACCUGCCAUAUAUUUUACUGGAUAAGUAAGUAAGUGUCUUGUAAAUGACGGUUUUAG